AUGGGCGUCAUCAAUUUCCUCUCAUUGGCGGCUGCCGCCGUUCUUUUGGUGAAGGCAAACGGGGAGGAUGAGUCCGCCGCUAAAAACACUGCCGUGAGGGUAGACUGCUCGUCACCGAUGAACGCAGCUCGGAGUGCCGCGGGCUUCAGUGCACUCGAAGUAGCAGCAGAUGCUUCUGGACAGCUCCCAAUCCAUUCAUCAAGCGAUUCCAGUGAAAAACAGCCAAACGAUGAUUACCUGACGAAGGUUUGCGAUGCAAUGAAGAAGGGAAAGCUGCCAGACCCUCCGGUGGAAAUUAAACCAGAUGGUACCUUCGCCUACGCAGUGCAAGAGGGAACCGAUGCGGACUGCGAGGCCGCAGUGGCUUACUGGAAAGAAGCCUUCACCAACUUCGAAGGCCUGCCGCCAGCUAACAGCACCGACGCAUCUGUAUACACCAGCGCCCACAAUGUCUCUUUCAUCUCCCUGUUCAACCCUAAGGAGAGUCCCAAAGUGGACUGCGCAUAUUUCACAUGCCCAGCAAAAUCAACGCCAAAGGAAACUGGGGAUAAUACAACAGAGAAGGAAUUGAAGGCACUUCUGUGUGUCACAACCCCCAAAGCCUUGACAGACGAAGCGGCUCCUUACAGUCAAGAACAGUGGGAUCGCAUCACUACAGCCAUCAAUUCCGGCAACGCAGGAGUGCCGACUUUCUUCGCCGUUGCUGCCGCAGCAUUGGCUGCUCUUUUCUUGUGA